AUGAAAACAAGAAGCAUCCAGAAGCAAGAGCAGCCGUACUGCAAGCCGAGCUCCGAUCUUCGAGGAUAUGAGGAGUUCACUGGGCGCUAUUGUCUGUUUGCUAUGCCGUUUCAUGGUACGAGCGGUUCAGACGCCUUAUCAACCGUUCUUCUCUCCUUGCACAUUUCCGACACCUGCUCAUCAACCGCUACAGUGAAGAGCGGCAUGCUCUACAUCAUUUUUACGUUUCUUGUGGCUAAAUUUAGCACUUCGUUAUCUCGAUUUUACGCUUUUUUUGGUGAAAAUUUGCGCAACUAUGAUUAA